GGUGCACAGAAAUCAUUUUGGUUCACAUCAGCUCGUUGAAACGAUACAGGACAUUGAACAUUGGAGUCGCGUGUGCACACUUCAAGGUGUGCGUUACUUGGCAACAAACAUGUUUGGGUUGCCAACUGUUUUUCUGCUUCUCUCCUUCCUAUCAGGAGGAUUGCACUGCUUAGAUAUCCCUUUUAAACAAGCACUUAAUGCGGUUACUACGUCAGCAGAACAAUUAAAAUCAUCUGAAGAAUCUAAUUCAUUAUGGGCCUCAUUCUUUUCUGGGUUUUCAUCGUCGCUGUACGUUAUAAUUAUUUCAGAACUCGGAGACAAGACAUUUUUCAUUGCUGCUAUUAUGUCCAUGCAGCACCCGCGUGCUUUAGUCUAUGGUGGAGCCAUGCUUGCCCUAAUAACGAUGACAAUACUUUCAGCGCUUCUUGGCUAUGCUACUACCAUUGUACCUCGUUUCAUUACAUUUUACGUAUCCGGCGUAUUAUUUCUGCUAUUUGGCCUCAAAAUGCUUUAUGAAGCAUAUACUAUGUCUUCCACUGCAGCCAAGGAAGAGUUUGAUGAAGUUCACAUUCAGCUUACACAAUCUAAAGGCGCUGACCUGGAAGCGGCGAACGCACCUCAAGAUGUUCAUCGGAGUGUCUUUUCGAAAUUGUGCACUGCCACUAAACAAAUAUUAACUCCAGUAUUUGUUGAGGCCUUUAUCCUUACAUUUUUGGCGGAGUGGGGUGAUAGAUCCCAAAUAACUACGAUUGUUCUUGCAGCUACAAAGAGCGCUUUGGGUGUGAUUGUUGGUGGAGUUCUUGGGCAUUCUUUGUGUACAGGUUUUGCCGUCCUUAUGGGUCGUUUUGUUGCUCAACGUAUCCCUGUACAAUGGAUUACAUUUAUCGGGGGUGUAACAUUUAUAAUAUUUGCUUUCAGUGUAUUCUUUGGUAAUCCAGAAUCAACUUCUUGAUUUGACCAUCCUGCCCCGCCCCCGCCUCCUGUUUUUGAUUAGUUAGUUGUUUAUAUAUUUCUGUAAUUAUUAUAAUAUCAUACAUGCAUAUACGUACGUAUAUAUGUAUAUUUCAGUUACAAAGCAUCAUUCGUGUAUUAAUUUACACCAAAUAUAUAUUUUUUUCACCACUAGUGACCUCAUUUUCAAAUGCUAUCUGUGUACUUCUUUUCUCCGCUUAAAGAUUAACUUGUGAUUAUUAUUAUCAUUAUAAUUUAAGAUGGACGUAUUUCAACGUCUUGUUGUAUCUCUGUUUUACUUUUUUUCUACUGUACUAAUUUAUUUAUUUAUUUAUUUAUUUUUGAUGAUUUCCGUUUCUCUGUGAUGUGAAGUGUUUGUUGUACGUACACAUAUAUACAAAGAGGCAGACAGACAGACAGAUGAAUUGUGAUCAUGUCCGAUGAGUACAACUCAUCAUCAUCAUCAUCACCACAUUCCCGCCCUGUUUUUUUGUGUUUGUUUUAAACAAACAAGUCUAGUCUUGAACAACAAUUGAACAACAAUAUUGUCUAUAUUAUAUUUUCUACUUUGAUAUCAUCAUCAUCAUUUGUUUAUUUUUGUUGUCUAUAAUAACAUAUCUAACGCCAUACUGUGUAUAUGAGUACUAUUCAUAUAUAUACUGUUAUAGAUUUCAUUUCUUAAAACACAAGAUAAAUGACAGGAAAUA